GGUGGUUCAGUGAAAACAGGAAGAGAAGCUGUCAGAGUUUGAGAAGACGCAAACACUUCAACCUGACUCAAAUGACUGUUUAAACUGACGGAGCUUCUCCUUGUUUGUUCUUUGUGCUCGGGAGAUGAACGCUGUUUAAUGACGGUUGCUUUGCUGAUCUCACUCAGAAUGUCUCUGACUGUUUCUCUGCUGGUUCUGAUCUUCAUCUCUGGAGUCGUUGCUCAGGAUGGGUGGGCUGUGCAUUACAACCCCAAAUAUAUCUGUGCUCUAAAUGGGUCUACAGUGACUAUGAAGUGCAUGUACAGAUAUCUAGUGAUUGACUCAUCACAGAAUUCUUUCUGGAGCACAAUUCGUUCUUCAGAUGAAGAUCUGUUAAAUGAUCCAUAUUACAGAGACAGAGUUCAGUACCAUGGAGAUCAACAGCAAAGCACUCUCAGACUGAUGAAUGUGACUGAAAAAGACCAAAGUACAUACCACUGCAGAUAUAAAGAUGACAGAUUUAGAGGAAGGUAUCGAGACAGAGGAGUUGAUCUUUCAGUCACAGAUCUCCAGGUGGAGGUACCUGAGAGAGUGAUAGAGGGAGAUAAAGUCACUCUCACAUGUAAAACCACCUGCAGUCUGACAGUCCAACCAACAUUCACCUGGUACAGAAAUGGACGUUAUUUAUCCUCCAGUACUGACCAGCUCCACCUGCAGCCGGUCAGCAGGAAGGAUGCAGGCAGGUAUCGCUGUGCUGUACUGGGUCAGGACCUUCGCUCUCCUGAGGUCACUCUUAAUGUCAGAUAUGGCCCCAAGAGCAUCUCAGUGUCCAUCAGUCCCUCUGGUAAAAUAGUGGAGGGCAGUUCAGUGACUCUGACCUGCAGCAGUGAUGCAAACCCACCUGUGGAAUAUAACUGGAUUAAAGGAACAACAAUAGUAGGAAAAGGAAAGACUUACACAAUGAAGGAGAUCAGCUCUGUGGACAGUGGACAAUACAAGUGCAGGUCCAGUAAUGAACAUGGAGAGAAGCUCUCUGAAGCUCUAACUCUGAAUGUUUUGUAUCCUCCAAAGAGCAUCUCAGUGUCCUUCACUUUCUCUGGUGAAACACUGGAGGGCAGUUCAGUGACUCUGACCUGCAGCAGUGAUGCAACUGUGCAAAACUACACCUGGUUUAAAGAAGGUGAAAGCUCACCUGUAGGACCUAGAAAGAGUUACAGCUUCAUUGUUGACUCCAAAAGCAGUGGAUGGUACUACUGUUUGGCUCAGAAUGAUCAUGGGUCUAUAAAGUCAGCUGCAGUGCCUGUCAUUAUAAAAGCAGAAUACUCCAUUAUUCUAUAUGUGGUGGUUGGAGUCGGACUCUGUGGGGUUGCAACCUUAAUUGCUGUUGUUUUCUUGAUGAACAAGAAGAUGAAGAAGAAGAGAACAAUGGAGGAAGAUGACCAGAACGUUGACCCUAAUGCUAAGGACGACACGUACACAGCUCUUGACCCCGUGUCCAGGUCCUCUGAUGAUUUGUACAACACACUUGCAACUGUGAACAAAAAUGGUGACUGACUCCAUCCAGUGAAGGAGAGAGAGAGAGAGAGAGAGAGAGAGAGAGAGAGAGAUGUGUGUCAUGUGCUCAUUGUUUAAAUGUUAAAUAUUUUAGGAAAACUGACAUCAAGUGCUGUCAGUGCUUGUUAGUUUUUCCUGCAUUAUUAUGAAAAACUUUUUUUAUAGAGAGCAUUUACUGAUUAGUAGCACUUAUGUUAAUAUUUUAUUAAAAAUGUUUAAGCUUUUAUUAGUAAAUUCUAAUUGCAUGAUAAACUCUAACUAAACUCUAAAUAAAGAUCCCAGAAUGGUUCUUGCCUUGGAAGUGCAGUUAAAAAAGUUCUGAAACUUUUCAAAAGUUCUUUCAGGAAACAACAGUGACAUUCCUACAAAAAAAACCUGUUAGGCACCUUUAGGUACUCAGGAUUGAUUUUGUUUUCAUUGUAGUUACCGCUGAUUAUUUUAGUUUAACAUAAACAAAGUCCCCAGUUCAUCUGACUGCAUACCUAAGGACUGUUGGAGGAAACCAGAGGACACCUGGAGGAAACCCACACAAACAUGGGAUACAUGCAAGCUUCCAAUAUAAAGCCCAGCCUGGGUUUGAUUCCCUGAAUCGAGCUCAGGUCGGGUGACCAGUGCUAUCCACCACUUCUGCAAUAUUAAGCCUAUAACGAUGCAAGUUUCUCAUUUCCCCUACUUGUUGUGAUUUUCCCUUCUAAAUGAGUUCAUAGAUGUCUGUCUUGUUAUUUUCCUCCUAACUAACAUAUAAUCUACAUAUUCCACAUUUGCACCUUAACUAGAACUGAAGUAGGUAUGAAAUAAAACAUUUAAUAAAUUUAUUACAUAAUAUAGCAACAAUAUUGUUAAAAAUAAGAAGAAAUAAGAAAUAUGAGGGAGCAGAAGAGAAAGAUGGAUGAAGUGUCAGGUGAGCUGCCACAGAGCUUCAGAUAUCAGUCAGUGAUGGGCUUCAUAGUACAGUGUGCAUGUAAUUACAGCUAAAUGCCUCUAGAUGGCAGUAGGAACCAACAUCUGAUCAUGAAUAAAUUCUGACAUGUUCA